AUGUUGAUCAAAGCUAACCUACUGGUUAUUUCGCAGACUUUGCUUGCUUUAGAAGCAUUGGCCACCACGAAUGCGCCCAUCGUUGACUUGGGUUAUGCUCAGUACCAGGGUUCGGUGGACACAGCUACGAAUACUACUAGCUUCCUUGGAGUACGGUACGCAGCUCCUCCACUUGGCAACUUGAGAUGGGCAGCUCCGCAGCCUCCACCGACCAUCACAGGCGUUCAACAAGCUAACACGCAACCAAAUGAAUGUUAUCAAGCACCCCUGGGCAAUGCUUCCACGAAUCCUUUCGAAAGCAUCUCUUUAAGCAAGAGGGAUGUCAGUCAGUCGGAGGAUUGCUUAUUUUUAAACGUAUACACCCCAGGAAGUGUGGUUGUGGCCACUCCGUCGGGUGGGCUCCCAGUAGUCGUGUUUAUUCACGGAGGAGGGUAUAUUUUAGGAGCUGCGAGUUUAUACGAUGGCGCAGAUCUAAUCGUGGAAUCGAACUAUGGUGUCAUCACUGUCAUACUCCAGUACCGCCUCGGUUUAUUCGGUUUUCUGGCUGGACAAGCUGUCAAAGACGGGGGUGCGCCCAACGCUGGAUUACUUGACCAAAAUUACGCUUUGCAAUGGGUACAGGCAUAUAUAAGUCAGUUCGGUGGCGACCCUACGAAGGUCACGAUUUGGGGACAGUCUGCUGGCGCCGGUUCUGUGAUACAGCAUGUUGUUGCUCAGGGAGGCAACACGCAACCUCCCCUGUUUAGAGCCGCGAUGACGAGUUCCACGUUCAUGUCGUCACAAUACAAUUAUAAUGACCGUAUUCCUGAGAUACUGUACAGUAUGGUCGUGAACGGAACAAAGCGAGUCCUUCCAUACUGUGGCUCAAGUUCGGAUACCCUCUCUUGCGUGCGCGCUGCAGACGUAAAUACGCUGGAAACCUUGAACUCUAAUAUCAACCUUGACGGCUUCUAUGGCAUGCUCACAUUCGUCCCUGUUGUGGACGGGACUUUCAUCGUGGAAAGACCCACUGUAACACUCAGCAAGGGCCGUCUGAAUGGUAACUACCUUCUUUCGGUAGUGAACACGCAUGAGGGGAACAUCAUUGUGAAUCAAUCAACAACGUUGGAUGUUACAGAUUUUAUCAGGACAAUUUACCCGGACUUUGGUCCUGCUCAGAUUACUGGAGCAGCGAUGAUGUACCAGAACAUGGGAAGCAACGUCAACCAGGCAAAUCUUGUGAUGGGUGAAUCAAUGUUCGUCUGCCCUACUUAUUAUAUGCUCGAAGCUUUCGGAGAACGAGCGUGGAAGGGCGAGUUUGCAAUUCCACCUGGCCUGCAUGGAGAUGAUGUUGGAGAGUACUUCACUUCGGAUGGUCCUUUAUACAAUAAUUCUCAGUUCAUCACUUCCUUUUCGAAUUCCUUCAUGGCUAUGGCCAUGUUUGAGACUCCUGACCACAGAUACACCCCAGGAGAUAUCACACCUUCCUGGGAGACAUGGAGCCAAGGUUUCACAGAGAUGAUCUUCAACGAGACUUCUGAGGGAGCACCUGAUGUGUACAUUUCCAAGACCGACAUGGCCUUACUCGAGCGUUGCACCUACUGGCGAAGUGUGACGGCGUAUUCGGCGCAGUGA